GGUGGUGGAGAUAGAAUGAGCAAUCUGGGCAACAGCUUGAGUAAACCUCAGUUCGAUGUCUCAACCUUACCAAAAUUUGAGAAAAACUUCUAUCAGGAGCACCCUGCUGUUACUGCCAGAUCCCAGGCCGAGGUAGAUGCCUUCCGUGCCAAACAUGAAAUGACUCUCUAUGGUCCUAAUAUCCCCAAGCCAAUCGAAACUUUCGAAGAGGCUGGUUUCCCUCCAUAUGUCCUGAAGGAGGUCAUGGAGAUGGGCUUCAAGGCCCCUACUGCCAUUCAGGCUCAGGGUUGGCCUAUGGCCUUGUCUGGACGUGAUGUCGUCGGAAUUGCAGAGACUGGUUCUGGUAAAACUCUAGCCUACUGCUUACCUUCGAUCGUUCAUAUCAACGCCCAACCUUUCUUGGAGCCUGGUGAUGGUCCUAUUGUUCUCAUUCUAGCUCCUACUCGAGAGCUGGCUGUUCAGAUCCAGCAAGAAUGCACAAAGUUUGGAAGUUCUUCUCGUAUCAAGAACACUUGCGUGUACGGAGGUGUUCCUCGAGGUCCACAGAUCCGCGAUCUAUCUCGUGGUGUUGAGAUUUGCAUUGCUACUCCUGGUCGUUUGAUUGAUAUGUUGGAAUCCCGCAAGACUAACCUUCGUCGUGUCACAUACUUGGUCUUGGAUGAGGCUGAUCGCAUGUUAGACAUGGGUUUCGAGCCACAGAUUCGCAAGAUUGUUGACCAAAUUCGCCCUGAUCGCCAGACACUCAUGUGGAGUGCUACCUGGCCCAAGGAGGUCCAAAGACUCGCUCAAGAUUAUCUGAAGGAUUACAUUCAAGUUAAUGUUGGAUCUCUCAGCCUCUCUGCUUCUCACAAUAUUUCACAGACUGUUGAGGUUUGUGCAGAGCAUGAAAAGCGCGGAAAGCUCAUCAAGCAUCUGGAACGUAUCAUGGAUGAGCGUGAUCACAAAACCCUUAUUUUCACAGGAACUAAGCGCACCGCCGAUGAUAUAACAAAGUAUCUUCGUCAGGAUGGCUGGCCUGCUCUGGCUAUUCACGGAGAUAAGGCCCAGAACGAGCGCGAUUGGGUAUUGAACGAAUUCAAGUCUGGAAAGUCUCCUAUCAUGGUUGCCACCGACGUUGCAUCCCGUGGUAUUGACGUGAAAGAUGUCAAAUAUGUAAUCAACUAUGAUUUCCCCAAUAACGUGGAGGACUAUGUCCAUCGUAUUGGUCGUACAGGCCGUGGAGGCAAUACAGGAUCAUCCUUCACAUUCUUCACAAUGGAGAACGCCAAGCAGGCCAAAGAGCUAGUUGGAAUUCUUAAAGAGGCUAAUCAGGAGAUUGAUCCUCGUCUGUUGGAGAUGAUGCACACGAGCGGCGGCGGUGGUGGUCGUGGCGGAGGACGUGGUCGUGGUGGCGGCGGACGUGGAGGAUAUGGUGGUGGACGUGGUGGUGGUUAUGGUGGAUAUGGAGGUGGUGGAUACGGAGGUGGUGGAUACGGAGGUGGUGGCGGAGGCUAUGGCUCCAGAUACUAAAAAGAAAAAAGCUUUUUCUCUCGUCUCUCCUCUCUCCUCUCUCCUCCCUUGAUUACUCUCUUUAUUUUUUUUUUUUUAACAAUAGACAGACUUUCAUUCAUUUUCAUCAAAA